AUGGAAUGUCUUGACCACAAGUCUUCUCUCGAAACGAUGGCGGAAUCUUUGGAGGCAGUCUUGGUCGUGAACAGGCAAGAAGAUGACAAUGUUACAACAUUUUCUAUUAUGGUGCCUUCAUUACAAAAGUUAAUCUACGAUGCAAGAGUUGCUACUCAUAAAGGUGAUUCUGAGUUUGUGUUGAAUGCUCCUUCUUUGAAGUUCUUAAAGAUUUCGGAUCUCAGUAACGAGUGUAUGGUUGAGAGAAUGCCUCAGCUUGUGUCUGCAAAUGUUGGAGCUACCUAUUGGAAUACCGACAAAAUCCUCAGUGCUCUUACAUCACUCAAUAGUCUCUCGCUAUGUUUGCCCUCAGAGCUUGUCGAGUUGGAGUUUUGCACAUUUGAAACAGAGUGGGAUCUACUUAUGUCUAUGCUCAAACUUUCUCCGAAUCUACGAGCUCUCAAACUCAACGAGAGGCAUGGUGUUGUUUCUGAAGAAGGAGUGUAUAAUAGGGAUGAGCCGAGUUCUGUUCCUGAAACGUUGAUGUUUGGCCUUCAAACUCUAGAGUGGAGAAAGUAUAGAGGAUGGAAGAGAGAGAAACAACUCGCGACGUUUAUCUUGAAACAUUCUUGUCGUUUAAAGACAGCGAUUAUCUCACCACGAUCCACCACUUUGGAGAGGAAACAUGUAAUGCUCACAGAGUUGGCACUUUUGUCUAGAGGUUCAACGACAUGUCAGCUUGUGUUUGGCUGA